AUGUAUACCCAGGUCAGGAAGAUGCUACAGUUCAAGAACGUUCAUGGCUCUGCCGUGAAGGACGAGGGAACAAAGUUUCCGUCACGGAUCCUGUUCAGGCGGACUGAUGCUUCUGACCUCCAAGCUGCCGAGCGCCUCUACAACGAGUACCUGUUUCUCCUGAGCUGGCGCAACGAGAAUUUCGUGGUUGUGCAGGACCUUUUCGUUGCGCCAGCCGCCAGCGGUGGCUGCUGGUAUUGUAUCUUUGACUACAUGGAGACCUCUAUGGCAGCCGUCCUUCGAUCUCCCAUGCACUUGACGGCGAAUCAUGUCGAUUAUUUCAGCUACAACAUCCUGCGGGGCCUGAGGUUCCUGCACUCGCUGGGCUAUGCCCACGGUAGCGUCUGCCCAAGCAACGUCUGGCUCAAUGCCAAUGACGACAUUCAACUCAGCCAUCUCUGCUACAUGCACCCAGCUGAUGUUCCGAUCGCUGCCGAGGCCUCGGCUGAG